AUGGCCUUCGCUAUAGGAUCUUUCAUUCCCGUCCCAUUCUCCGAGACCACUGUCGCCUUACUUAAAGCCGGACCUGCACAACCUCUUCAACCUGUCGCACCCUCGAUAGGAGUGUAUUCUGAACAUGUAGCUGGUGAACCUACUGGAUUGGUCUUGCAGUCUGAUCCAUUCGACAAUCAUGGAGAAGACUUCCUGAUUCGAGAUUUGGAAGGGAAAGUAAGAUUGGUCUGUAGGACCGACACAGCUUCUGGCAAACACGGUAAAGUCAUCACCGAUAUCAACGGUAACAUCCUUAUCUCUCUCAAAUCGAAAAUAUCCAUGUCGAAAUCAUAUGUAGGUGAGGAUGUAAGUGGGAAAGAGGUGUUAAAAGUGAAAAAGAAGUUUGCUCUCGGAUCGGCAUUUGAAGCUUCAUUCCACGAUGCCCUAUCUUCCAAAUCGAAAUCUAUUCAACUUCGAGGUGAUUUCUGGUUGGGCUCAGCAGAUAUCUUAGUAGUCAGCGGACCGUUGAUAGCUCAGUUCUCGAGGAGAAAAGUGGAUAGUCAAGGUCUUAAUUCAGACAAGGAGACUUACAUUGUCAAUGUCGCUCCUGGAGUGGAUCUUGCCUUGAUAACGGCAAUCUGUAUAUGUUUCGAACAAGCUUCCAAAGAGAAAUUACUACAGCAACAAAUAGCCGAGUCGAAGAAUGGCUCCCAACGGAGAUCAUAG